AUGGCAGCCUUCAGCACAACAGACGAGGCAGUCCUCACCGCACCUCUCGAGCUAAACCCUCUCGCCCAGUCCGCAACCGCCUCUUCCUCUGGUCGCUCCAUCUACCACGUCUACGACAUUCUCUCGACUGCAGCCAAGAUCCGCAGCGGCCGAUUCCGCAGAGUCGCACUGCAAUUUCCAGAUGAAGCGCUAAUCGACUCAGUACCUGUCUACUGGGCUCUCAAGAAGGAACUCCGCACGCUAUACUCCACGGAGGAGGCACCAACAUCAGCAUCCACCUCCAAAGCCAACACAGCUUUGCCAGAGUUCUACAUCCUCGCAGACACAAGCUAUGGAGGAUGCUGUGUUGAUGAGGUAGCAGCUAAGCAUGUCGAUGCCGACUUAGUGGUGCACUAUGGUCAUGCUUGCUUGUCAGCGACGGCUAGGUUGCCGGUGAUCUACGUGUUCACGAAGCAGCCUUUAGAGGAUGUGAAAGGGGCAGCAAGAAGCUUAGCGGAACAGGCAAAGCAGCAGGUGGAGAGAAAUGAGAAUAUCAAGGCUCUUGUCCUGACCUAUGAUGUCUCAUGGGAUCAUGUAGUGGAAGAGGUGUAUCAGGCGACAAAGCAUGCGUUGCAAGAGCAAGGUGUCCAGUUGCCGCUGGUAAGAACGCAUGUUGACUUUAAAAGAAAUUACGAUGAGAAGCUGGUCAAUGGCGAGUCAGCUGCCCCCGACGCAUCGGCACAAGAAGCAGCAUGCUGUGGAGGAUCUAACGGUACAUGCUCAACUUCAGCACAACCAACUUCGUCAUGUUGUGGAGGCGGAUCGUGCUCUUCCAACUCGUCAUCUUGCGCCAAAGCCACCUCAACAUCAGCAUCAGCAACAAUACUCUCAACACCAGCCUCGUCCACAAAACACGAAGACAUUGUCUCCGAAAGAGGAUCCCGACCACUCGGUCCAUCACGCUCUGCCACCCUUCCUCCUGGCGUAUCAUCCUCCCAAUGCGCCUACCUCUACCUCGGCCCCGAGUCCCUCUCCCUAACUAACCUCCUCCUUACCCUCGGCACCUCAACCCCACUCGUCUCCUACAACCCAAUCACUUCCACCGCACGAGUCGAAACCGGCUCCACCAACCGCUUACUCAUGAAACGCUACGCAUCAGUCCUCAAAGCGCGGGAUGCCUCCGUUGUCGGCCUCCUAGUCGGCACCCUCGGCGUGCACUCCUACCUCCCACUUCUCAAAUACCUGCGCAACCUCCUCACUGGCAAGAAAAGCGGUCGAAAAGUAUACACCAUCUCCGUGGGCAAACUCAAUCCGGCAAAACUAGCCAACUUUCAAGAGAUCGAUGUAUUCGUCCUUGUUGCUUGUCCCGAAAACACCUUGGUGGAUAGUAAAGAGUUUUACAAGCCAAUUGUUACGCCGUUUGAGAUGGAGCUUGCCGUGAAGGCCGCGGAGAGGAUGGAGAGGGGGGAAGAGGGGGUGGAUUGGACGGGGAAGUACGUUUUGGAUUUGGAAAAUUUGGUUCCUUCUGAUUUUGAUCAGGAGGAAUUGGUGAAGAAGGCACAGAAACUUGAUAUCCAUGGCAGUGCUGAAGCGGAAGGCCAGCGAGAGGAUGAGGCAGGGGAGGAAGAGGAGGAAGAGAAGGAAGAGGACGGUAGACCACACUUCUCUCUCAUCAGUGGAACAUACGUGCGUCGACGAAAGUUCAACAAUAACUCUAAUACAGCCACUGCACCCGCUGUGCAAGGUUGGACAGAACAAGCACUGCAACUCAGCAAUACAGCUGCUAACGGCGAAGAUUUGGUGGUGCUCCGAAACCCUACUACAGGCGAACUGACAACUGUGUUGGAGACUGCUUCCAUCGCACACCUCAACAAGCGCGGAUGGAAAGGAUUGGAGCAGCGACUGGGUAUGGACGAACCAAGCGAACUGGAAGAGGGUCGAGAAGGUAUCGCCAAAGGAUACAAAGAUGCUGGUGGGGAAGGACACAUCAUGUAA